CUCCUCUCCUGUACAUACCGAUCACUGUCAUACCUCCCACACUCCUCUCCUGUACAUACCGAUCACUGUCAUACCCCCCCACACUCCUCUCCUGUACAUACCGAUCACUGUCAUACCUCCCUCCACUCCUCUCCUGUACAUACCGAUCACUGUCAUACCCCCCAUACUCCUCUCCUGUACAUACCGAUCACUGUCAUACCCCCCACACUCCUCUCCUGUACAUACCGAUCACUGUCAUACCUCCACACUCCUCUCCUGUACAUACCGAUCACUGUCAUACCUCCGUACUCCUCUCCUGUACAUACCGAUCACUGUCAUACCUCCCGUACUCCUCUCCUGUACAUACCGAUCACUGUCAUACCUCCGUACUCCUCUCCUGUACAUACCGAUCACUGUCAUACCUCCGUACUCCUCUCCUGUACAUACCGAUCACUG